GUGUGUUUUCCUACUGUAUUACCGACGCCGCCGAGAGCGAGCGAUAUAAUGUGCGGAUAAGGGAACGUUUGGUUUUUGGUCGCGAAUUUUAGAAUAAAUUGCGGUAAUUCGCGAGUGUUUUCAGUGAACAAUAUAGCAGUUCGUCGAAGAGGAUCAUGAAGAUUCUUACGUACUCGCGCGUACUGAGCGAUCAGGCGUUCUCGCUGCUCCGGAACUUGAGUAACUCCGGUAGAGUGAGCGUUUACGCGAGUCAACAGAGAGCACAACAUUCUUCCGCAGAAGAGGCAGAUGCUCCUAUAGAAUUGGAAAAUCCUUACCAGAGGGAGCGGAAAAUCUGUAUCCUGUGCAAACACAACAUCGAUCCCGAUUACAAGAAUGUACGAUUCCUCUCUCAAUUCCAAAGUAGAUUCACUGGUAGGAUCUAUGGUCGGCAUAUAACGGGCCUGUGCAAAUAUAAGCAGGAAAGAGUUGAGAAUGAAAUCACCAAAGCCCAGCAUGCAGGACUGAUGCCUUUUUACAACAAAGAAAUUACAUAUGUGAACGAUCCAAAGAUCUUUGACGUUAACAAUCCAUUUAGACCACACAAAUAUUGAUCGCAAUCCGUAGCUUUUGUAAUUAUGUACAUAUUUCAUUGAUGCAUUAAAGUUUACAUCAUAAAAUGUCUAAUCAAAGUUUUAAAUAAAAAAUAAGAACAAAUUACCAAAAUU